GAAAGCGUUCUUCCUGCGCGCAAGUACUGGACGGACAAGACAACGACGACGACGUCAAGACAAGAGAAGAUGGCAGUAUCAAAAAGCACUGCGGCCAAGAAGAGCAGUAUGACAAAGGCGCAACCCAAGGCGGCUGCGGAGUCAAAGGGCAAGAAGAGUGCUGCUCCCCUGCCUCCAGCGAAGCCUGUGCUGGAAAAGGGAAAGAAGAGGGCGAGGGAAGAGGUGGUGAAGAAGGCCGAUAAGAGCGAGCGGCCGCAGAAGAAGAAAGCGGCAGCGACGGCGGCACUUGAGUCAGAAAGCGAAGAGGACGAGAACGAUAGCGAAGUGGGAGCACCUGUCGAAGAGGAGAGGGACGCAGAGGAGGAGGCAGACAGCGAGGAUGACGAGGACGAUGGAGACUACAUCCACGGCCUGUCUGAUGUCUCGGGCAGCGAGUCGGGCGCCGACUCGUCAGACGAAGAUGACGAGGAUGACGAUGGAGGAAGCAGUCUGGCAGAGAUCUCAAGCUCCGGCGUGGUGCGGCUGCCCAGCAGCAAGAACGACGCAGUGGUCAAGGCCAAGCUGGACAAGGUGCGCGACAAGAAGCAGGGAAAGGCGCAUGCUUCGACGCCGACAGUUAUUUACUUUGGACGGCUGCCCAAGUCGAUGACUGAGGAGCCUCUCCGAAAGUACCUUGCGCAAUUCGGCGAUGUCUCGCGCCUGCGGCUCUCGAGGAAUCGGCGAACGGGCGCGUCAAAGCACUACGCAUUUGUCGAGUUUGACGACGAGGAUGUGGCGCGGAUCGUGGCAGAGACAAUGGACAACUACCUCAUCGAGAACCGCAUGUUGCAGGCGAAGGUGGUGCCCAAGGACAAGGUUCACCCCAAGAUGUGGGUCGGUGCCGACCGCAAGUUCAAAAAGGUUCGUCACGCAGAAAAGCACCAGGACCGGCACAAUGCGGUGCGCACCCAGGAAAGCCGGGAGAAGGCAGAGCGUAAGCUGCUGGAGAGACAGGAGAAGAAAAAGGACAAGAUCAAGAAGCAGGGCAUCGACUACGACUUUGAUGGAUACGCGUAAUUUACGAUGCUAUUGUUCCUCUGUUUAGUCCUCCUCUCUCGAUGACCGAUGACGUUGACGAAUAAAAAUACAAGUGAUAGCUAU